AUGAUUGAAGAUGUGGACAAGCAUGUACUCCGCAAAUAUGAUAUCGUGCAGAAACUGGGCAAGGGGGCAUACGGAGUGGUGUGGAAGAGCUAUGACAGACGAACAAAUGAAGUAGUGGCGCUGAAGAAAAUCUUUGAGGCCUUUCACAACGCCACAGACGCCCAGCGUACAUUCCGCGAAAUAAUGUUUUUGCAGCAACUCGCAGGCCACGACAACAUCGUACGCCUGAUGAAUGUUCUUAAGGCAGACAACGACAGAGACAUCUACCUGGUGUUUGACUUCAUGGAGACGGAUCUGCAUGCGGUAAUUCGGGCCCAGAUAUUGGAGGCGAUUCACAAGCAGUACAUUGUCUACCAACUUUUGCGGGCUAUAAAGUACAUGCACUCAGACACUGCCUUUGCAUGCGUUUUAGGGGAGCUGCUGCAUCGAGAUAUGAAGCCGUCUAAUAUCCUCCUUAACAGCGAAUGCCACGUGAAGGUUGCAGACUUUGGGCUAGCGCGUUCUGUGGCGCACUCUGAAAGCGGAGAAGCGAGCAGCAACCCAGUGUUGACUGAUUACGUAGCGACGCGGUGGUACAGAGCCCCAGAAAUCCUUUUAGGGUCUACUUGCUACACCAAGGGAGUAGACAUGUGGUCGCUGGGGUGUAUCUUAGGUGAACUCCUUUCAGGAAAACCCAUCUUCCCAGGUUCUUCUACUUUAAAUCAACUAGAGAGAGUUGUGGCCGUCACUGGGUGGCCGUCUCCUGAAGAUGUCGCUGCUAUUCGAAGUCCUUUCGCUGCCACCAUGAUGGAGGGCCUGCCAGCGGUCAAGCAGAAGAAGCUAGAAGACUGCUUCCCUGACGCCCCUCCAAUGGCGCUUGAUCUCCUCAGGCAGCUACUGCAAUUCAACCCGCGGAAGCGAAUAAGCGCAGAAAAGGCGUUGGAGCAUCCUUACGUUCGGCAGUUCCACAACCCCGACGACGAGCCCGUCUGUAGCCACAUCAUAACUAUACCAAUUGAUGACAACACCAAGUAUUCAGUGGAGGACUACCGCGAAAAGGUGUAUCAAGAAGUCAUAAAGAAAAAGAGAGAAACGCGACGCCACCGACACGCACAUGCGGCGCCUUCUCAGCCUGCAAGCAGCUCGGGUGCUGCUGCCCCCUCCAGCCGCAGCAGCAGCAGCAGCAGCAGCAGCAGUAGCAGUAGCAGCAGCGCCGCCGGGGACGGGGCUUCCCGGGGCAAUGCCCACCACAGCGCGUCUCGCCAGUCGGCCUCCUAUCAGCAGCCUUCUCCUGCUCCUGCUGCUGCAACUUCUCACAAGAGCAGCAGCUACACUUACGCGCAGCAGCAGCAGCGAACGGCUGCAGCGGCAGCCCCCUACUCUCCCCCCAGCGGAACCCCCGCUGCAGUGUAUGCGCAGCAGCAGCACGUUGCGUACGGGGCCUCGCAACCGGGACGUGAUGCUGUUGCUGCUUCUCAAUGCAUUUCCUCUGGCCACGAACAGCGCCAUCCGCAUCGGGUGUCUGGAUCGAUGUAUCCUUCGUACCCUUCUGCUGCAGGCGCAACAACAGCAGCACCUGCAGCUGCUGCUGCUGCUCCCGCCGGUGCUUCAGCAGCAGCCAUGUACAGUACAGGUGCAGCAGGGGUCCCCGCCGCCAGUGGCGUGUACGCACGCUAUGGAUGUGGGGCUGGCAGCAGCAGCAGCAGCAGCAGCAGCAGCAACAACAACAGAGGCAGCAGCAGUUCCGUCCUGAAGCAGCGCAGUGGUGGCGGAGACCGCAGCGACGGCAAUGCAGAUGGCAGGCAGCAGGUGUGUGUGGGGCCCCACACCCUCUUGGUUUUGUGUACUCUCUACAUUUCUGCUUGCUUGACUAAGGAAUUGCUGUAG